UCACUGUCAGCAGGUUGUAACGAAGUUGGUACAACUUUAGUUUUAGUGAAUUUAUAUUUUAACAAAUAAAGUAGAAAAUGAGCGACGUUGAUAAGUGGAUAGAAAUAGCAAAGAAGUGUAAAUAUCUUCCAGAAGAUGAUUUGCGGGAAUUGUGCAAUAUUGUGUGCGAUUUAUUAUUUGAAGAACCGAAUGUCCAACCGGUGCAGACGCCCGUCACUGUUUGUGGAGACAUUCAUGGUCAGUUUUAUGACUUAGAAGAAUUAUUUCAUAUAGGAGGUCAAGUACCGCAGACUAAAUAUAUAUUUAUGGGAGAUUAUGUAGACCGUGGCUAUUACAGUUUGGAGACAUUAACAUUGUUAAUGGCUUUAAAAGCAAGAUAUCCAGACAGGAUAAUUCUACUUAGAGGUAACCAUGAAACCUGCCAAAUAACAAAAGUUUAUGGUUUCUAUGAUGAAUGUCUAAAUAAGUAUGGCAAUGCAAAUGCUUGGAAAGACUGCUGCAGAGUUUUUGAUCUCCUUACAGUAGCUGCUCUAAUAGAUGAGACAGUAUUGUGUGUUCACGGUGGAUUGUCACCUGAGAUAUCAAUGUUAGAUCAAAUCAGAUGCAUAGAUAGAAAUCAACAGAUCCCUCAUAAAGGAGCAUUUUGUGACCUGCUCUGGUCAGAUCCGGCAGAUAUUGAAAUGUGGUCAUUGAGUCCAAGAGGUGCGGGCUGGUUGUUUGGAAGUAAUGUAACAGAACUCUUUAUGAACUACAAUAAUUUGAAUUUAAUAUGCAGAGCACACCAACUUGUUAAUGAAGGAUACAAAUAUAUGUUUGACAAAAGACUGGUUACAAUUUGGUCUGCACCAAAUUAUUGCUACCGCUGUGGCAAUGUUGCUUCCAUAAUGGAAUUUCUAAGUGUGAAUGACAGAAAUGCUAAAAUAUUCCAUGCAGUGCCAGAUAGUGAAAGAGAAGUGCCUCUACAGAAUACAACACCAUACUUUUUGUAAUCUAUGUAUAAGAUUAAUUAUAUUUUAAGCGCAAUCAUACUACUGUUUAGAUUAUUUUGUA